AUGUCAUUAGAACGAGUGAGAAAGAGUCUCCAAAUAAUUUUUGGAAUUGAUAAGAAUACAACGACAAGAGAACCAUUAAUUCAAGAAAGAAUUUCAUAAGAAUUUGUGUAUGAUUCAAAAAUGAAUGAAUAACAUUAAAAUAAAUUUUCAAUGAUGAAUCAAUAAAGGAAGAGAUCUAAUUAAUAUUAUUAUGCAUUAGAUAGAUUAAGGUCAUUUUAUUAAAAUAAAGCCUAAUCUAAUGAAUAUGAUCAAAUCCCUGUCAUAACUUAUCUUGGAGAUAAUACAGAAGUAAUUGGGUUAUUUCAAGUAAUAGAAAAAAUUAAAUUUGAAUAUGAAUCAUGCUAGAUGGAAUUAGUAAGAUCGAUUUCAUGAUAAUGACAGUUCCAAUUAUAGUUCAUAAUUUGGUGAAAAAUUAGUUCAAAAAAGUUCUAAUAUAUUAGCAAGUGUGAGCAAACAAGAUUUUAAGCCUUACUAUGUUUAAGACUAAUAUAGAGAUAACUUUAAUAACUAAUAAUCAUAGAUAUCUUAAUAGCAAUAAAAUAAUCUAAUGUAGUCUUAAAAACAAUUAACAAUUUUUGGCGGAAACAAGUCCAAAGUUCAUUUUCUCAGGGAAGAUAAAUAAUCAAGAUCUAAAAGCAAUAAACCUGAAUCUAAUUUUAAAAGAUUAGGGGGAAUAUUAGAGGAUGAUUUUUUGAUACCUUCUUUUUUAAAAGACCAAGAUGUUCAAGAUAAAAAGUUUAAAGAAAAAGAGGUUUAAUCUAAUAAUAAGUUUAUAGGAAUAUAACCAUUUAAUUUUUCCACUUUAAGUAAAAUUAAUAAUAAAAAUGAAUCUUAAUUAUAAUUAAAUGGAUCUCAUUAAUAAAUAGAUUUCAAUGAAAUUUAUUCUUAAAAUCAAGCAGAUAAAUUAAGAGAAAAUGAUUAAAUUAAUAAAAAACCAAUAACACAUAAAAAAUCAAAUUAAAUUAAAUUUUGGGAAAAAGAUCCAAUUAAUGAAAAAAAUCCUUUCAUUAUUUAAACUGAUGAGACACCUUUAUGGGAAAACAGAUUUAAACCACCUUGGCAAAUUUAAAAUCCUAUGUAAAAUGUUUACAAUGAAUUUGAACCUAAUGAAAAAUCAGAAAAUCUAUCUAUAAAAGAUUAUGAAUAAUAAUAAGAAAAUCAAGAAUAAAAAUCAUCAGCUUCUUUUGAAUAAUAAGUUAAUAUAUCUUUUGGUGGUUGUGAUAUUAAUUUAUCAGAUGACCAUAAAGAUGAAAAUAUUGAAAGAAAACCUCCAAAAAAUUAAUUAAUUUUUGAUACUUUUGUAAAUCCAAAAUUUAAUUUUGAAAAUCAUACUCCUUUAUCAAAAGAAAAAGCUAUAAAUAUAUAAAAAUAAUUAGAUUUUUCAGAAUAAACACCUGUAUUUAAAUAACAAGAGGAAAAUAAAUAAACUUUUAAUUAAUAAAAAAAUAAUAAAAUUAUAGGAGAUCCAUAAAUUACUAUAAUGA